GGUUUGACUGCCGAAGUCAUCCGCAAUGUCUACCGCAUCUCCAACUGCAGUGACGGGCUUGGCGCAGGUGCAUCACAUUGUUCUGGUGCUGAGCGGCAAAGGCGGCGUCGGCAAGUCUACUGUGGCCUGCCAACUCGCCCUCGCGUUAACGCACGUGCACCACAAGCGGGUCGGUCUUCUUGAUGUGGAUAUCUGCGGUCCGAGUGUACCGAAGAUCUGUGGGCUCGAAGGGUGUGAUGUCUACCGUGGGGAGCGAGGCUGGAUCCCGGUUUCACUGACCGCGGCGACCAACGGCAGGAAUGCCAACGGUGGUGUCAACGAGACGACGGCGGCCACCACCACGGAACAUGCCACCGCUGCUGCAGCGCCGGCUGACCUGAAGGUGAUGUCCAUUGCCUACCUAUUGCCUAGCGACAAAGACGCGGUUGUCUGGCGUGGUCCGAAGAAGGAUGCGAUGAUUAAGCAGUUCGCCACGGACGUGGACUGGGGCCCGCUGGACUACCUCAUCGUCGACACCCCACCCGGCACGAGCGAUGAGCAUCUCACCCUCUGCGAGGUGCUGCGCGAGUUCCAUCCUGCCGGGGCGGUUGUCGUCACCACGCCGCAAGAUGUAUCGACCGACGAUGUGAAGAAGGAGCUGUCCUUCUGCCACAAGCUGGACCUGCGCUGUCUGGGCGUUGUGGAGAACAUGUCCGGUUUCGUCUGCCCCUACUGCGCGCACUGCACGGACAUCUUCGCCAAGGGUGGCGGGCGGAAGCUGGCGGAGAUGUACGACGUGGCGUUCUUGGGUGCCAUUCCGAUUGACCCGAAUCUGUCCCUCGCAGAGGACCAGGGCCACGCGUUUGUGACGGCGGAGCCCUCGCAGACGGUGGAGGCGGUCACCGCCGUGAUCGACGCCAUCGUGCAGCAGGUGGACCGUGCAGCCGAGCAGCAGGAAUGA